AUGAAUUUGAAUUUACCAGAUAGGCAAAUUUGUGCUCUGUAUCAAGUAGAUACCGUGCUAUUCUUAAGAUAGAAGUUACAAAAUUUAUUCCAAUAACAUACAAGCGUAGAUGUUGUAAAUUUGAGGUAAAUUUACAAUAUGAAUUAUGAGGAGAAAUUGAAUUCGAAAUGA